AUGAAUGAGCCGAAUGCUGCGGUCUUAGGCUUCCUGGUCGUUGCUCCCGCCGUCGCGCCCGGUGACGAGAUCCGUCCCAGGUGUCUGCGCUGCGUCAAAGCCGGGCGAUUCUGCGAAGGCUACAACCAACCUAAAGCAUGGCUCUUUGAACCCUCGACAUCGCUGUCUCCUGGCGAUGAGAUCGCCCCGUGGUUCAACACGGCGAGUCCUUACCGGUUUUUCGACGACGACUCGGAGCUCUACAGACCGACCCAGUAUUUCAUGGAAUGCACCGGCCCUCGAAUCGCCUCUUAUUUCUCCGAGAUGAUGGAUUCAUUCCUGGACAACAAACCAUUGGUGAAAUAUUCGUCCGUUCAGGCAUGGAGCUUCUGGAAUACAUUAGUCAUUCAAGCCAGUGAAAUACAUUCAUGUGUGCGUUACAGUUUGGCCGCUCUCAGCAGUCUUCACGAAUGGAUAGACUUCAGCAAGCGGACGCCGUGGCAAAACCACGCAUUCACGCUUCACUACACGAAAGCCAUCGGCAAGAUCAACCAAAGCCAGGGCGGACUUCCCCUCGAGAUCGUUCUCAUUUGCUGUCUCUUGUUCGCUCAUUGCGAGUUCCUGAUGGGUGCCUCAGUCGCAGGUCUUACACACCUCCGAGCUGGGGAUCGCAUCAUUUCGGAGAGCCGCAAAAAGAACGCAAUACUCGCCCCUGAGAUCUCCGAGUCCAUCGAGCCCAUAAUCCGAGGCUUUUUGGCAAAGUCGGAAACCUAUGAGCUGAGAGAAAUAGCAGGCCCUCAAGAUGAAUCGUCCGAAGACAAGACGUAUGCGCUACCGGCAAUGCCAGAAACGUUUCAAGAUUUGGCGCAAGCGAACCAGUACCUCCAGCAGACUGUCUACUUUGUGCUACUGCUUGAGCUGGGUCAGCCGCGCCAUCUGUCGUCCAUGACACCUAGUGUACGAAAGUAUGUGAACGAUUGGGCGACAGCUUUCGGGCGAUGGAAGGCUCGAUUUGAGCUGGAAGAUCCGCUUAUGAAGGAUUGGCAACUGCUGCUCCUGGCCCAACACCGCAUGGCAUUGCUCAUACUAAAAGCCCUCCAGCCUGAGUACGACAAGAUGUAUAGUCGUGCCGCUGCUGACUUUCGAAUCAUGCUCGCGCAACUUCGCGCCUUCCUGCGGAGCGGAUACACCAACAUGGACCCGAAGAAUGACGGCGACAUGGUUCUGAAAUUCCAUUUGGGCUUUAUCGCGCCACUCUACUUCAUUGCUACACAAUGUCGAGUGCGUGAGAUCCGCCACAAUGCUCUACAAGCUUUGAAGGAUUUGAAAGUGAUUGAAGGCCAUUGGAAUAGUUGCGUGGCAUACGCCAUCGCAAAAACUGCCAUUGAACUCGAGGAGAGAUUCCAAGGCAAGAAUCCCUCAAUGCCGACCCGGGUCAAAGUGGACUGUGUCGAUCGGGCGAGGCACGGUACUAUCUCCAUGAGGUAUCGUAAGCUACCGGGAACCGGAGCGACCGAUGACUUUGCCACGAUGGAAAUCAGCGAACCUGCAUGCCAUCGCGAGGUCAACAUGCAAUGGGUGAGUAUAUCGGCAAGCCGAUACAGAAGAGUCUGA